ACCUGUCCGUGUGCCGGAGAGUGUGUCGUGCGCCUCGUCGUCUCCGUCGCCACGACUAAACAACCAAAACAAAAACAAUCGGAGCACAAAAUAUUAAAAAAUAAAUUAAAAAUUAAAAAAAAGUUUAAGUUGACUUUACUUAAGUUAAGUAAAAGUAAUAUUGACUUAAGUCGGGUGGUAAUCUGGGAUGUGUCCGACAUCGUCGUGAGUGCCUCUUUUCGACGGAAUGCCGACGCAGAUGACACGCACGCGACGACACGCGCUUAAAGAUGAACCAACUGUGCAAGGUUUGCGGCGAGCCAGCGGCUGGUUUUCACUUUGGGGCGUUCACAUGCGAGGGUUGCAAGUCAUUUUUUGGACGGACUUAUAAUAACCUCAGCUCAAUCUCCGAGUGUAAGAACAACGGUGAAUGUGUAAUCAACAAAAAAAACCGCACAGCAUGUAAAGCAUGCCGCCUGCGGAAAUGUCUCCUCGUCGGCAUGUCAAAAUCCGGCUCGCGAUACGGUCGAAGAUCCAACUGGUUCAAAAUCCAUUGUUUACUCCAAGAACAACAACAAAAUCACCAACAAGCCGCUGGUAACGCCACUGCAGCCGCCGCAACAGCAAAUCUCCUCCGACCACACCCAUACUUACCAUUUUUCCGCCAUCAUCAGUUGUCCAGCAUGUCGGCGGCGGCGAUGGCCAACACUCGUGAUGGUCGUUCAUCAGAAUCCGACAGUGGUGCAUCCUCAGCCGAUCCCGAAGAUGAUCUACGCUCGACAAGCGCGUUGAGUUUCCUCAAACUCCCAGCGUCGCCAUCUAGCGAGCGUGAUUACUUCUCCGGUGGCAGUUCGAAGAAACUCCCCUCGCCUGCCAGCGACGGUGAGUGUUUUCAACGCAGAAAAAUCGCUUCUGCGCUUACACAUUUUCCACCCGCGUCAUCGCCUGCGUCACUUCCGGCGAUCUCCCCUGGCGGUGCUACUUCACUCUUGCCAAGAUGGCUGCCACCGUUACAAGGCGUGGCUGACCCAGCAUCAUGGCGUGAGAUGUGGUUGAAAGGAUCACUCAGUAUACCAGCAGCUGCCGCGCCUGAUCAAGACCAACCGAUUGAUUUAUCCGUACGACAAUCACAAUCACCACCGAUGACAAAGGCGGAGCCUAUCAACGCGUCGGACAGCGAGGCGGAGCUUAAUAUCGAUGUGGGCGUAGAUGAGCCGGUGAAAUCAGUGCCUUUGGACUUGACGCUCGAACGACAAGCAGCUGAUGUGGUUACAAAUUAAUCAUAAACACAAAACAAGUGAAUCAAAGCCAGAAAACGGCCAGUAUAAUGCAAAAAAUGUCAUUUUUAGAGCUACCCAAAGGCGUGGCCUUUCAAACCACGCCUCUGGAUAGCUCACACUCCAGUGCAUCAGUAUAUGUGAUAAAAGAAUCCAGUAUUUUGCCACAUUUCAAUUUUAACACUUUUCACACAAAAGAGAAAAAUUAUUUAUUUAUAUAGAUAUACAUUAUAUAUUAAAAGAGAAGCAACUAUAUAGGAGUAUGAUAUUGUAAAUAUUGUGCGCGGUGAUAUUUAGAACAUUCCGGAGAGACAGGAGACGACAAAACGGUCAGUUUAUUUUUUUACGAGUUUAGCGUAACACUCUGUAUGUUACUAUUAUUACUAUUGUUAUGUUUAAUUCAUUUUUUUGGGGCGGCGGCAGGGGAAGACAUAGUAUUUAUAUCGGAAUAUCUCAAGUUGUGUAUGUGUGUGUGUAUAUACAAAUAGUAGUAGAUUUAAAAAGAAAUGUUAUAAACAAAAGCAAACACACGGUGUUUUAUGGCCAGUACAAGGUGCCUUACAAAUAUAUAAUAUAUAUUUUUGAGUGCUUUAAUAAAAUAAAUAAAUAUAUUGUUUAAAAAAAAA